CAGUUCAGAGAUUGAGAUUUAAAGCCUUAGUGGUAAUUUAGCUUUAGCCUUACUGGUAAUUUCCUGAACCUCUAUUCUGGGCUGCUACAUCAAUCCUUCUCCAAAAGGCGUCGUCCUGACAGCCUGAGCUGGAUCUUACUGGGCGGAGAAGGUGAAUAGGACGGUAGCAGGAAUAAGCCUCUCACCGCCCCCGCUGGCUUUCUGCAGGCCAAGCAGAACGCUAUCGCAAAACUCUUCGCUGUUUCAGCACCGCAAGCCAGUUACAUAACAUUCAUAUAACAAACAAGCUCAGGCUUAAAAGUUAGAUACGUGUUCGCUUAAAAAUGACAUUUGCUUCUUUGCGGUAGUCGGUAGGGCUGUUAGGUGGAGAGGCGUUUAAUGAUUAAACCCUGUUCUCCUCCCAUUUUCUGAUCCCUGGGCUGUGCUCACCGUAAUCCCCGUUUAGUGCGAUUUUAACUGCGUUUUCCCCAUAAACUCUCUCGGUGCGGGAUGCUGCCCGGUCUCUUACUAUCGCUUUGCAUUUCCACUGCCUUGACAGCUGUCCAGGCUGAGAAUGAGUGCUUCGAGGAUGCAAACGAUGGCUACAAAGUACGACUUAGCAUUAAAACAGCCCUGGGAAAUAAGGCGUACCCUUGGAACGACAGCGAGAUGUUCCUGUUCAGGGCUACUCUGGCCUUUGCAAUGAGAGUUUAUACCAAGUCGGAUCAGUACAACGUCUCAAGCGUCCAGGUGUGUAACGAGACGCAACGCGUGUCCUUCUGGUUUGUGGUGUUAAACGACACGGGGCCUGUAUCCGCUGAGGUUGUGGCAAAAGCCGUCAGGAUGUCGAGGAACCGCAUCAACAGUGCUUUCCUGCUGACGGAUCAGACCCUGGAGUUUGUGAACAUUCCCCCGACUCUGGCAGCGCCGGCGCAGCCUGGCACGCCGCCCUGGCUCAUCGUGUUCGGCGUGGUCAUCUGUGCCGUGUGCGCUGGCGUCGUCACACUGCUUCUGUCCACCUUCGUGCAGAAGAGGCGGAAGAAAGGAAUUCUCGAUGGGGAGAACGAGGAAGAAAGGUGUGAAAAACAGAAUGGCACUGCCCAGGAGGUCCAGGAAGGAAGUGAUGAUUUUAACCAGAGAUUUGUGGAGGCCAGUAGCUCUACAAAGCUUUAGGGACCUGGAAACUCAUAGCCUCACCUAUAGGACCACCAAAACAUGCACCAAAUCACCAAUCACCAAGGCAGGACAGGCCGCAGACCAUAACCAGGACAGCACCGAACUGGAACAAGGCAGAUGUCUGGGUUGCUGACGUGGUCUCGUCUAUGAUUACACUUUAGGGGGAUCUUACUGCAGAUUUUUGCAGAUUAUUUAAUUUAUAUGCUCCAAAAAUAAGCAAAUUCUUUUGGGGAUUAUGUUUCUGCCUUUCACGACAGUUUUGUUUUUAGGUAAAGCUUUGUAGCAGUAAACAAAUGUACUAUUAGUUGUGACAUUUUUCUGUGUGGAUAAUAAACAGUGAAUUAAUUUUUCAGUGAAAGAGAACAAA